CUGGGGAGGGCGCUGGGAUGGAGCUGCUGGCGGCGACAGGAGAAAGCUCUCCUCUUGCUUCAGCUUGUUCUGCUGCCUUCAGACUAAUCGGCGAGAUGACGUUGUGGGGGGGAAGAUUAUCUUUAACGUGAUUACUUGCAAGUAAUAGUUCUUCAUCAUGGCUGAACUAUCUCAUGAAGAAAUUCAGCUGAGGGCCAACCAGGUCACUGAUGAGUCUUUGGAAAGCACAAGGAGGAUUCUUGGCUUGGCCAUUGAGUCGCAGGAUGUUGGCAUCAAAACUAUCACCAUGCUGGAUGAACAGGGAGAACAACUAAAUCGCAUAGAAGAAGGCAUGGACCAGAUAAAUAAGGAUAUGAGAGAAGCUGAGAAGACUCUGACAGAGCUCAACAAAUGUUGCGGUCUCUGUGUCUGUCCUUGUAACAGGACGAAGAACUUUGAGGCUAGCAAGGCAUACAGAGCAACCUGGGGAGAUGGAACGGAGAACUCGGCAGAUCACGUGAUUUCCAUGCAACCAAGAAGCUUAAAUCAGCAGCAGCCUCAGACUUCUGGAGGACCAAGUGGCAGAUAUAUUACCAGGAUAACAAAUGAUGCCAGAGAAGAUGAAAUGGAUGAAAACCUUGCUCAAGUAGGAAAUAUUCUUGGGAAUUUGAAAAACAUGGCUUUGGAUAUGGGCAAUGAAAUUGAUGCCCAGAAUAAACAAAUAGACCGGAUAAAUGUAAAGGCUGAUACAAACAGGGAGCGCAUUGAGCAAGCCAACAUCAGAGCCAAAAAACUAAUUGACAAUUGAAGCCUGCUGUCAUUGUUCAAUGACACGGUCUCUCCAGCUGCAAGCCACCAUAUUCAUGGAUCUGUGAAACUUAUCCUAUUCUGAAAUAAGAGGGGCUGGGAAAAAUGAAGCAGUACCCUUUCUAUAGGGAUUAAUUUUCUCUUUUUUUUUAUUGCUUCAUGUAAAUGUGGCCUUGAUUCCAAGAAAACAGCCAACAUAACUUCUUCCUACUCAUCUGCCUUCACUUUCUUUAAAUUGCUCAGGGCUAAAAGUGUUACAGCUUUGAGAAUCUUCUCGCAUGUUUUAUUCCCCUUCCUAGUCUCUUUUUUUUUUUUUUUUUUUCCUGCACCCAAAUUACAGUCCUUUAUUGAAGUUGAACAGGCAGGGUAACAUGAUUUCACAGUUGUGGAAAGUUGGAGAGGGCACUUUGCACUGUUUGAAAUACCUCAUCAAUUGAGUGUCUUCACUAAAAUAGGAACUUGGUGAAUAUUGUCUGAGUUGUGUCUUUAGCAGGCUAACCAUAGUUUCACAAUUCAAACCACAUGAUGGGUUUGGGGGUUGAGUUUGUGGAUUACAGAAUUGAAGAGGCCUGCUACUUAGUACUUGUGGGUUGAGGGCUUUAAAACACUUGCGAACCACAUGAACUUUAAUGUAAAGGUAACAUUUUAAUGUAAAUCGACUGAUUUGGAGGUCAUGACUAGGAAAUCAUGCUGCAUUGUUCUGAUAAUGUUAUGUGUGUAUGUACGUGAUCUAAACCCCAUGCGCAUGUGAGUAGGAGAAAACAAAUCUCUCUGAAGUAUUUAUUUGAUGGAAAAUCCCCUCCUCUGAAAGUUAACUUUUAAGUGUUUGAAUGAUGCAUCUUGACUGGAAGAAACUGAGUAGAAGAACAUGAAGCUUCCUUGCAUCCUAUAUCAGAUGCAAUUUUGGCCGGUUCUCACUGGAGUUCGGUUCAUGCCUUUAUCCAGUGCAAAAUAAUGACUGAGCUCUGGUGCAGUUUGCUCUCAGCAGUGACUUUGGGGGAGCUUCUUAAAUCUGAGAACAGAGAAGCUUAUUAUGAAACUUCCUUGUCACAAAUCUGGAGGAAGCAGUACCUUUUUAAGAAAUGGAUGCUGUUUGUAAGUAAACUAGUUCUAAAUAGAUUGCUGACUGGUUGAUUAUUGCAGACUUUGGGAUUGGCAAUUGGAAAUAUUUUAUGUCCAAGUUGCUUGUACCUAAAAUAUUCCUGUUCUGCUGCAGAAUAGAAGAGUUUCUGACCGGGUGAGGUAAAGGUCUCUUCCUAUGAAGAAAAGCAUUUUUGCUUUACUGUAAUGUAAUCAGAUUUAUUUCCAGGAUUUUCUUUAAUUUUGGCAAGUAAAUUCCAAGUGACCUGUCUAAUUUUAACUCCAUCCAGCAGUAUAUUAUGCCUGUUUUAAAGGUAAAAAUGAUGCUUUGGACUAACCUGUGACACUUGGUGUUGGAUGGCAAAAAUCACUUGGAGGAAUAAUUAAAACUAAUAGCAUUAUGGGAGGUGUUUUUGAAAGGACAGUUCACAAGUAUCCUGAAGCCAUUAAUAAUGAAUCCCAGGGCUAAGGUGUAGACACUAAUCUGCUGAAAUGCAAGACUGUAAAGUGUUUUGUCUUCUUUUUGGUAGAAACACACUCAGUAUUACUGGUGUAUUCUCAGUUCACAAGGACAAGUUGAUACUUAAAUGG